GUUGAAGGCUCCCCAGUGGACAGACCGAACAUAUAAGAAGGAAACCAGAGAUCUUAGGGCUAUUACGUCCCAGAGUUGAAGGGAACGAGUCAGCACAGAAUUCAAAGCAUUUCUUCAGCCUGAAAUUUUAAGGGGUACAUUUAGGAACGAGACAAACUGAUUUAUGAUAACUGCUUGAAACUCCAGCAACCAUUUUUCUCCCCCAGGGAAGGCAUAUGAAUUAGGAGUUGCUGACAUUUCAAUAUGAAGAACAACUCUUUUGCCAUCAUCAGCAAAAAUGUUACCGACAGCCUUCACUUCGAAUACAUGAAUGAAUCUGGCAACAAUGCGUCCACGUUCAACUGCACGCAUAAACCAUCAGAUAAGCAUUUAGAUGCAAUUCCUGUUCUCUACUAUCUUAUUUUUGUGAUUGGAUUUAUUGUUAAUAUUGUUGUGGUCACACUGUUUUGUUGUCAAAAGGGCCCUAAAAAGGUUUCCAGCAUUUAUAUCUUCAACCUGGCGGUAGCUGAUUUACUCCUUUUGGCCACUCUUCCUCUCUGGGCCACCUAUUACUCUUACAGAUAUGACUGGCUCUUUGGACCUGUGAUGUGCAAAGUGUUUGGUUCCUUUCUGACCCUGAACAUGUUUGCAAGCAUUUUUUUUAUUACCUGUAUGAGUGUUGAUAGGUACCAAUCUGUCAUCUACCCCUUUCUGUCUCAAAGAAGAAAUCCCUGGCAAGCAUCUUACAUAGUUCCCCUUGUUUGGUGUAUGGCCUGUCUAUCUUCAUUGCCAACCUUUUAUUUCCGAGAUGUCAGAACCAUUGAAUACUUAGGUGUGAAUGCUUGUAUUAUGGCUUUCCCCCCUGAGAAGUAUGCUCAAUGGUCAGCUGGUAUUGCCUUAAUGAAAAAUGUACUUGGUUUUAUUAUUCCUCUAAUAUUCAUAGCAACAUGCUACUUUGGAAUCAGAAAACACUUGCUAAAGACUAAUAGCUAUGGGAAGAACAGAAUAACCCGUGACCAAGUCCUGAAGAUGGCAGCUGCUGUUGUCCUGGCGUUCAUCAUUUGCUGGCUUCCCUUCCAUGUUCUGACCUUCCUGGAUGCUCUGGCCUGGAUGGGUGUCAUUAAUAGCUGUGAAGUUAUAGCAGUCAUUGACCUGGCACUUCCUUUUGCCAUUCUCCUGGGAUUCACCAACAGCUGCGUUAAUCCCUUUCUGUAUUGUUUUGUUGGAAACCGGUUCCAACAGAAGCUUCGCAGUGUGUGCCGGGUUCCAAUUACUUGGCUCCAAGGCAAGAGAGACAACAUGUCUUGCCGAAAAAGCAGUUCUCUUAGAGAAAUGGACACCUUUGUGUCUUAAAUCUGUUAGUGGAAUGCAUGCAGUUAACCUGGUUAUUUGUUUGGAGGCCCACCUGCAUUAUCUUUAGGUGGAUUUAGUAAAGUACAUUUAUUUCCCUUAUCUAAUCUUCACUUACUCUCUCAGAACAGAAAACCAAGUGUAACUGUAAGCUUUAUCCUCCACUGAUUUUCAAGGCUUAUGAUUGCUUUCCUGCUAUAUCAAUACAAGACUGUCAUUGGUAUGACAUAUCCAUAAAUUAGAAGUAAUUAUGGCUCCAUCUCAAAUUAUAAUUAAUAACAAAUUAUGAGUGAUGAUUUGGAGUUUCAGAUUUCUCCUUGAAAACUGCUGGCAUUUAUUAAUGGAAUUUUUAUCCACUCCAUCGGGUUUUUUUCCACUUGAAAAAGGGCCAGUUUUAAUUUGUUGCAGUAUUUACCAGGCAUAGCAUGAGAGGUGAGCACUACGUGGAGUAUAGCAUACUAUUCUAAGUUGAGUAUAUUAUAAUAAAUCAGUACUAGUAUAGUAACAUGCUUUCUACUUUUAAAGAAAUUAUAAGUUCUAUUCUUUAUACAUUUCACUCGAGUAUAGCUUUGUACUUAAUAUAUAGCUACAUAUUGAGUAGGUCUAGGAAUAUAGAUUAAGUCACACUCACUCUCUUACAUUUCAGCUUAUUUUUCACUUAAGGAAAGUAAAAACAGCAUAGUAAAACAGAACUGCAAUUAACAAACAUUUUAAUAUUCAUUAAACUGAAUAUACACUUUAAAAACUUUGAUCCAUUUUAACCAUUGUUUAAAGGUUUUUAUUUUCCUCUGAUCAUUUUUAAUACAAUAAAAAUACUGUGUAUUAUAAAAUGUGAGGGUCACUUUUUACAUUUUAACAUUUUGAAUGUGGUGCUUUGAUGUAUACAAUGGUGACUUGAUUUUAAUUAUUCAUGCUUUUGUUCUAUGUUGCUUACCAAAAUAUCUGGAAGGAUUUUUUUAACCUUUUAACUAGAGAUAAAUUCUAAACUGGCAUAGCAAAAUUUUAUGCCAGGACGGACUUUUGAUACCCAUUGUGAUGGUGGAGGGCACAAGACCCAGCAAAUGACAUGUGUGGUGUCAAGCAAGAAACCUGUCAGAAUACAGACCCAUGAGCGGUAGGUUUAACCUGUAUCUGUGGAUACUUUUUGCUCCAGAAUCUAUAUGUUUCUGUGGAGCUGAUUUAAACUAAGCACUGGUCUAUAGCUCUCCUCAACACUAUUACAUAUCAGGUUAGAGGAAUAUAUUGGCUGAAACUGACUGAGUUACAUAAAGUUUACUCAGAUUAGAGUAUGAAUAUUAUUUUUAGAGCUUUGGGUUUUCAUUCUGACCCAACCCUAUAUUAUAUCUGCUCAUGUAAGACUUUUCUAGACCAAUGCUGACCUUCUUGGUAGAGUUAAAGUUCUGGCAACUUAACAUUUCUGCCAGGUUCAAGGGCUUUAAGUUGAAAAAAUCCUUUCACUUCAUUAUCUGGGAUAACUCUAAUUUCAUGUAAUCAUGUUAUUUUCAGUAAAAACAAAUAGUUAAAUGUAUGAUUAACUAUGAAUUCAUGUUUUAAACAAUUUUAUAAGGCAUCUCAUAUAAAUAAAAUCAUUAUUGGAA